GCCAGAACCUUCAUCUCCUCCCUCUGAGACGCCCCGCCCCUCCCCCUCACCCCUAAACUCUUAUCCCCCCAAAAUGCCGCCCCGCAAAGCAGCCGCGACGACCGAGGGCGAAGCCCCCGAACCCCGCCGCUCGUCGCGCAUCAAGGAGCAGCCCAAGCCCCCUGCCCCCGCCCCCGCUCCCGCGAAGAAGGCCGCUAAGCCGCGCGCGAAGAAGGCGGACGGCGCCGAGGGGGACGACGCGGAGAAGCCCAAGUCGGGCCGCGGGCGCAAGCGCAAGGAGCCUGAGACCAACGGCGACGCCGCCGACGAGCCUGCCGCGAAGAAGAGCAAGCCCGCGAGCAAGGCGAAGCCGGCCAGCAAGGCUGCUGAGAAACCUGCGAGCAAGGCCGCGAAGCCGGCGAGUAAGGCUACCAAGCCGGCGAGCAAGGCGUCGGCCAAGCCUGCGUCGCGCGCGUCUGCGAAGCCCGCGUCCAAGGCGGCGGAGAAGCCUGCGUCCAAGGCAUCUGCGAAGCCCGCCUCGCGCGCUGCGUCUGCAAAGCCCCCGUCGCGUGCCGGAUCGAAGAAGCCUGCCUCGCGCGCUGGCUCCAAGAAGCCCGAGAGCAAGGUUGGAGCCAUCGAAGGCCAGGAGGCCCCGAAGAUUGACGAGACAAUUCUCGAGGAGAAUGAGGAUGAGGUUCAGGCCGAUGCGGCUCAAACUACGGAUGCCCCUGCUGCUGAGGCGUCCUAAUGUCGCUCAUCGACAGUUCAUCCACGGCCACUACCUCUUUCAGCGGCCGUGAAGGACUUUGCUCGCUGUCGUGUUUUGACCGUCUCCUUUGAGUCUCUGUCAGUGCUCCGAUUGUGCUUCUCCAUGUCUGUCUGAUUUAUUCUUUGUCUGUACGCGACUACUGCUUUCUCCCCUUUGCGGGCUUCAUAUGGCUCCUUUGCGGGCUUCAUAUGGCUGAAGUUUGCGGACCUCACACCCUGCUCUGGUGCGACGGCCGCUUUGGCUUUCGAUAUACGUGCGCUCGAAUAUUUGUCUCAAUACUAUUCUGCGUCCGAAUGUUCCCUGUAACCGUACAUAUUCGCCUGAAUGAUUUGUUUCUUUGAACCUGUU